AUGUCUGUGUUGUCCGUAGAUCCCAAGGCUGGGACGACCAUUACGACGGCGGUGCUGGAUGAAGUAUGCAAUAGACUGGGUGUACGGAUCAAAGACGAGGAAAAGGAGGAUUAUACCAAACUGCUUGCUGUGUUCGAUGAGGGAUGCCAGGAGAUCAUGGCAAUGGACGAUUACAUACCUGCCGUUGACCUCGUCCGAUUUCCCCGAACCAAAGUGUACCAGCCAGGCAAUAAUGAUAAUAAUAAUAAUACCUCGGAGAAUGCUCUCAACGCGUGGGCCUGGCGAUGCAGUAUCAAAGACACGCAACCCAACAAUGGCAUUCUCGCGGGAAAAACCAUUGCACUCAAGGACAUGAUCGCAGUCAAAGACGUUCCGAUGCUCAUGGGAACCGAAUUUGUCCAAGGCCACGUACCGAAUCUAGACGCCACAGUCACGACCCGCGUCCUCGAAGCAGGCGGCCACAUUCUCGGCAAAGCAGUCUGCGAGAACCUCUGCCACUCAGCAACCAGCCAUAGCGCUGCAUCGGGAGCCGUGGAAAAUCCCCACGCGAAAGGAUAUAGCAGUGGAGGGAGUAGUUCGGGGAGUGGAGCGCUCGUGGCGUCAGGAGAAGUGGAUAUGAGUAUUGGAGCAGAUCAGGGCGGGAGUGUACGAAUCCCCGCGACGAAUUGCGGAAUUGUGGGAUUGAAACCUACAUUUGGUUUGAUUCCAUACACGGGUUGCGCCAGCAACGAGGCUACGAAUGAUCAUUUGGGUCCCAUGUCUAGGUCUAUUCUCGACAAUGCCAUGUUGCUCCAAGCGAUCGCAGGUUCGGAUAAUAUAGACGAUCGAAGUUUCGCGGCACCUUCCCCCCUUACGAUUCCCCGCUACUAUCAGAAUCUUCUUCUUCUCCCCAAGGCUCUCCCCGACGAUGAUGAUGUUGCUGCGAAUCAAAGCUUAUCCGGCAUGAAAAUUGGCAUAAUAUCCGAGUCUGUGAUGAACAACCCCCUCCUCGACCCCCGAGUCCAACAAUGUUUCUUGCAUGCAGCAGAAAAGUUUCGUGCACUAGGAGCCCAAGUCUCCCAAGUGUCGAUACCCAUGCACAGCCUCGGACCCCAAAUCUGGACCGCAAUAUCCAAACCCGGCGGCCAUUUCAACAAAAUGCACAAUAAUUACAACGGACGCCGAGGCCACAUGAUGCACGAACUGCACGCGCUAUUCAGCGAAGCAUUGAAGAAUUCCCCAGAACGCUGGGAUCAAGCAAUGUACGUCUCGUCCAAGAACAUCCAUCUCAAUGGGGCAUAUGCAGAAAUGACGUAUCCGUCGCUUCAUGGCAAAGCGACCAAUCUCUCGCGGAAACUGCGUGAUGCGUAUGAUGUGGCAUUGCAAGAAUAUGAUGUCUUACUCACGCCCACACUGCCCUAUGUGGCAACUUCGCAUUGUGAACCGGGUGCGACUCCUCUCGAACAGAUCAAGAAGCAAGUCGGGUUGGUGAGUAAUACGUGCCAAUUCAAUCAAUCGGGUCAUCCAGCACUGGCGAUGCCCAUAGGGAGAUUAUCGCCCUUGGAGGGUCCUGCUGCGGGGAACGAGCAUGUCAAGUUGCCCGUGGGGAUGCAGAUUGUGGGGAAAUGGUGGGCGGAAGAAACGGUGUAUCGUGUGGGAUAUGCCUGGGAGCAAGCCAAUGAUUGGAAGCAGAUG